UAACGCCUGUCGCGACUGCCACCACUGCACCACAAAAUGCCCUGAAGAAAAGAGCUGAGAGAGAAUCCAACUGAACUUGAAUCCUCCGCCAGCGUGGAAGGAGCGAAAAGCAAAUUGAAGUGAAAUCUUACGAAACAGAACGGAACACGGUUUGCUUGUUUCCCUUCUCCUCUGCAGUGCUUUUCUUCCGACUCCCGCAAACAACCAAACCAUUGAAUAUUUCCACUUUACGCGUUCUUUUCGUCAUCUCGGACUCAGAUCACCAGGCACCACAAUUGCAACUGUCCACCGCAACAGAACCCGAACAAGACGACAAACAUCACAUAGCCAACCAUUCAGUUCAUCUUCGAUAUCAUACCAUUCAAUUUUACACCUAAUCCACAAGUACCACACAUCAACGGCAGGAACAUGAAGGACCACAGCCUUCGUCUGCGCCUCGUCGUCCGGCGUCAUUCCCUCCCCGAGGUCAGAAUCAUCCACCACGUCCCACUGGAGAACGACCCAACCAUUGCCGACCUCGUCGACCAAGUCAACGACAUCAUCCCCCUCGAGAGCCACGAAUGGGGCCUUGAAGAUUACGUGGUCGAGCUCCGUAACAAGGAGGGUUAUGCCUUUGAAUGCCUGCAUUUCCAGCAGGUGGCCAACGUCCUCAAGGACGAGGAAGAAGUCUUUGUCCGCCCCCUCGUCACCGGUGACCGAAAGCGCCGUCUGCUGUCCGGUCGCGACCAGAUCUCCAACGAUGGCAGACACCUGAUUGACGGCGUUCCCUUUGGCCGUCCCCGACUCAGGUCUCCCAGAGACAGACCCCCGGUCGACAUUCCCCCUCUCAAGCGGAGAAGAAUCGAAUACGAUACCAUCGAGCGUGAUGAUGAUGAUGAACAAGCAGAACCCCUCUUCCUCACCCGCCAUGGCGAAGGUUCCGAGGACCGCGAGAGCACUCGUCAAGUCCGCUUCAACAACGCCGACUUGGAUGCCAACGAGGACGAGGACGAGGAAGAAGACGAUGACUUUGUCGAUCAAGAGCAAUAUGGUGACGACGAGGAAGAAGACGAGGGCCAAGACGAAGACGACGAUUACGACAUCAACCCAGACGAACUUGCCGAUGAACUCGAGGGUCUUCAGGAGGCAGAGUCAAGAGAAGAGACCCCAGUCGAGGACAACGUUGAGCAACCCACCGACAUUAGCCCCACCAAGUCCCAAAAGUCUAUCGACCUUUCAGACAUUGACAGAAUCGCUGCUCUCCGCGCUGCUUUCCCCAGAGUCUCGGUCGGCGUCUGCGAGAAGCUCCUCCUUCAGCACGAUAGCAACGAGAACAAGGUUUACUGGAAGCUUCGACGCAGGAACCGUCCCCACAUGACCCUGCAACAGAUGCUAGCCUAUAAGAGACGUCUCCAAGUCCGUGGACCUGAAGGUGCAAUUGAGGACGAACUCGAGGUUGAAGCGUCCGAAAAGAGUGAUGCCGAAUCCGUUGCCUCCUUGGUCAAGCAUUACGAUGAGCAUGGCUUCCCUGCUGGCUCUAUCCUUGAUGGUUCAGCUUCCCGUCACAUGGUCGAAGCCCUUCGUAUGUCGGGUCAGGAUGUGAGGCUUCCUGUUCACAAAAAGUUUGAUGAGGAGGAGGACGAUGAGGGCACCGCCCAGCCCUCUAAAGUUGCUGCUCCCUCCGACGAGAACGAGAUUCCCCUCGACUCAGAAGAGGAGGGGUCAGACUUUGACCUCGACGAGGACGACGAGGACUUAUCUGAAGAGGGCUCUGACUCUUCCAACGACUCGGAUGCUGUCUCCCUUUCUGAUAACGCGGAAGAGGUGCUGAACGAAGAGGAUCUCAGCGAAGCCUCUGACGAAGGAUCCGCUGCCAGUGACAGCGAAAGUGGCCCCGAGGUCUACACCACCAAAGUAAAGCCCCCCGCGGAGAUGGUCGCCCCCAAGAGCCCCCAGCCCAAUGACGAAUCCUCAAGUUCUGACGAGAGCGACAGCGACAGUAAUAGCGACGACGACAGUAGCUCAGAGGAGGACGCAUCCAGCAGCGAGAGCGACUCCGAGGAUGAGGAGGACGAUUCAAGCAGUGAUGAUAGCAACAGCAGUGAUUCCGAUAGCUCUUCACGCCACAAUGUCAACGCAAAUUCCGAUAAUGAUAUUAGCAGCGAUUCAGAGGCCGAUUCCAGUGACAGCAGUGAUGAUGACUCGGAUGACGAACCAGUUACUUCAAGUUCUAGUCAUGCAAACGUUACCAAAGCUGUACACCAGUCCAACAGCGAACAGUCAGCUACCCUUGAUACGGCCACUCUCGAUACUUCAAAUGCAUCCAACGACCAACAAGACCAAAUCCCUGUGCCUCCAGGCCAAGGCAAGAGCAAAACAAGGGCCCGGAACGCACGCCGGAGGCUUUCUGCUAGGAUAAGAAAGACCGCGUCCAGAGACACUUCUAUUAUUGGCUCUACGUCCGGUCAAGACACAGAGACGACGACACCGGCUGACCUGGAGGCCAAGAGGAUGGCCUUGCUCCAGUCACUCGGUCAUCUUGAGUAUCUCGGCAAACCAGCUGAAGUAGAAAAGCCUGCAGCUCCCGUUCCCGAGACUGAACAGCCUGAGCCCUCUGCAGACGACACAACCUCUGCCCCGGCUAAGCGGAAGACGAAACUCGACGUGGACGCUGGCCGCCGUAUGCUGUUCGGAUCUCUUGGUCUUAAGAACCCCAAGUCUCAAGAGGAUGAAGAACACCUUCGCGCUAGCUUGAUGAAGGGUGUCAAGCCAUUAGUCAACCACCGUGUGGAGGAUGCGAAGAAAGACGCCGAAGUUGCCGUAACCGAAGUAGACCCUGACGCUUGGCGCCAAAAGAUCAGCUAUACCGCCGUUGAGUGCACCGAGGAAGGCAUCGAGCUCAGCGAACCUCCCUUUCCAUUCUACCAACGCUGGGAUCCUCAACAGCAAAACUACUGGGGCAAUGGCCGUGGCGGAGCCUCAAAGCGGAAGCAGCAGAGCCAAGGGGGAUACGAGGAGGAGGAGCCGGGUACCAAGAAGAGAAAGGUGUUGGACGAAGAGGAGAAUGUCGUUUUGAACUAUGACGAGGAGGACCCCGAUGCCUAUGCGGCUCAGGACCACCCGGAAGAAGAACAAGAUGAGGAAGAGUACGAUGAAGAAGAGGAGCACAAUGAUGAGGAGCACGGAGACGAAGAAGAAGACUUACCUCCUCUUCCCAGUGAUUUGACCACCCUGCCUCUGCUCCAACCAGGACAAGCCAAGGCUGGCAUGAUCAUCACGUGGAAGCAAUUCCUGCUCUCCAAGGCCACCAACUGGCAACCUCAAGUUAUGAACAUGACGGGAACCGUUGUUGAGGUCUGGGACCAGAACGAUUUGCGAAUCAUCCUUGCCAAGCGGGAUAGGAACCUGGACGUCAACGAGAAGGUCUAUGAUGAUGAGGGCAACCGGGUCUAUGACAAGUUUGAGGUUCCGGAGGACGAAGAUGACGCCGAUGAGGAUGCUGAAAAGGGGUAUCGGACCAUCAACUUUGCCGACAUGAUGGAGCCGCGGGUAUUGCGUCAGUCAGAGGAUGAAGUCUUGGUGCCGGAGACCCAACACAUUUCGCCGGCGAAUGAGGAUGGGGCCAGUAAGGCCAGCUCGCGUACUCUCGAUCAUAAGGCACCUUCGGAGCCCGAGUCGCAAAUCGUUCAAGAAAGUCUCAUCCCUGCUACGGACCAUGGAAGCUCUUACGAACCUCAAGCUGCGCAGGUGACUUCCGCCGGCAAUGUCUCCAUUGAUGAUCAUCUCCGCUCGGAGACCAGCCUUAUCAGUACCGGCUCACGCUCGGAAGCGGAUGCCUCUGUGUCUCGCGACGAACUUCUAAACGUAAGCAAUCCCUCGCCACAGCGUGAACAAGCACCCGAAUUGCCGUCAUCUCCCCAGCAUGGUCUUAGCGCACCCCCGUCCGAAGGUCACAACACCCCUCCGCGCAGCUCCGUCCUGGGUGAUGAGCUGCCAGACGUCUCGGAUCAUCCUUCCCAGGAGCCUGAAUUCCAGGAUCAAAGACCUCCCUCCCGUUCCUCCGCCUACCUUGAAUCCCAGCGUCUUACACUUAACGGAUUCUCUGAUGGACUGGAACAGGUAGCUGACAAUCGGGGUAGCUAUGUUAGCUAUGCUAGGCUUGAGGUUAUCCCUUCCGACGCAGAUAGCGUUCGUAGCGGAAGGCAGCCAGACCCAGAGUUUAGCAUCGAUUUGGGAAACAACCAGAUCCUCGACCAGUCUGAGCCUGAGGACGAAGAUGACGUUCCGAUGCCAGGUCGCGAUGAUGAGGAAGAUGUCUCAAUGCCAGGUUCCAACCACGAGGGGGAUAACCAGGAGAAUGAUAGCGAGGAGGACCAUGACGAGGACGAUCAGGAGGAGGAAUCACAACAAACUACACCUAGACCUCAGAAGCAAGCAUCACUAUCCGAAGAACCUGCUAGCCCCGCGCUCUCCGACCUUUCAGCUUCUAGCAACGAUUCCUUCCCCUCUCUGAGCCAAACCACCACCAAAUCCAGUCAACGCAAAGCCAGUCAGCCGCCCAAGUCGACCCCCCGAGAUCCCAUCCCUACCACCAGCAAGACUCGCAAAUCGUUGGAUGCUGUCAACCUAGACUACGAGCAGGCCAUGAAGCGAUUGGACGAAGAAGAGUCCUCCCAGGAGUCCACCACAAUGGACGAUACCCAAAUCAAAGUAGAGAAGCGUCGCCAAUUAUCCGAGCUCGCCCAGAAACUAGCCAGAACGCCUAUUGAGCGUCCUACACCUCGGAAGUUGCCCUUUCGUCGGACGACCUCCACCCCUUCCAAACUGAACCAAACCACCACUGCCACCACCAAAUCAAAAAGAACAACUCGGUUCAGCGGUUCCUUCGUCAUUCCUGACGGGUCUCAAGUCGUUGACCUUCGGGAUCUGACCAGCAGCCCGGAGCCUGAGCUGAAUGAAGACUAUGCUGACGAUGAUGUGGAUGAGACUUAUCAUGAAAGUAGUCCGGCUACUAGUCAGAGUCAAAAUAGAGCGCCGCCGUCCACAGCCCCUGGAGCGUCGGCGUCAUUUGUAACACCAAGGAGAAAGCUGUUUGGUAGCACGAGGUUGAGUUCUACGCAGCUGCAGAGUCCGAGGAGGAGUCAGCCGAGUAUUAUCACGGGGUCAUUGAGGAAGAACAGAGGUUCGGCUUCUUCCAAGUAGAGUUUGGGAGAGUUGAACAGACCGCUUUUGACGAAGGUAGAGGAGGAGAUAAAGGAGGAGAAGGGUGAGAAGAUGAUUGGAGAGAAAGGUAUCAGUGUACAAACAAGAACGGAUCGGCAUGUUUCUCUCUUUCAGUUCUUGCGGGAAAAGCCGGUUUUGCAGUGCAUUAUGGAGGAUUACGAGGCAAGAAAAGUGGGACAAUACAAGUUGAACAUGGCGUAGAAAUCAUGGGACAAGAUUGAAGGCGGGGCUUAGUGCCUGUACGGGUUGGGCAGGUUGAUUACAGUGGUGGGCAAAGGAUUAUUAGAAGUUGCAUGUUUGAUACAGCUAUGAAUUAUCUUGCUUCUUAGAGGUACCUUAUCCACAUAUUACCGUCUA